AUGUUUGGCUUUGCGGGGCUCUCGAGCAAGCCGCCGGUCGGGCGGACCUCGGACGAGCAGCUCUUCCACAACGUCGACCCGGCGCUGGACGAGGUCCGCAAGCUGAACGGGACUGCCACGUGGGCCAUCCUCGGCUUUGUCCUUGCGUCGACCCCGAGCCACAGCAACGAGGUCUGCCUCGACGUGCUCGCGACCGGCGCAGGACCCAUUUCGGACGAGCACAACUGGCCCGAAGCGCUCUUCGACCCGUCGUCGCUCUGCUAUGGUCUCUGCCGCAUCGAGCCCGAGGAGUAUGCGCUCACAUCGUCGUCGCUGCUCUCGGCGUCGUCGCCGCGCACGCCCCGCUCGAAUGGCACGUUCUCGUUCCCAGUUGCGUACACGGUCUCGUUUUGCUGGAAAGGCGUGACGCUGCCGUUUGCCUUGCGCGCCAAGCACACGGAGUUCCACAAGCGCAUCCAAGAGCAUCUCGGCGGCAUGGCGCACGUCACGCUCAAGAGUGCAUCCGACCUCAGCACCGAGUCGAUGCGGCGCUUCUUGCCCAUGACGAAGCGGCGCAGUGUCACGAAGCGGCUGAACCUCGUGCGCUCGAUCGAAUUCGCGCCGGCCGUCGUCGCCGCCUACGAAGACGUGCGGCUCGACGCCAACCCGUUCAAUUGGCUCAUUGCGGGCUAUGCGACCAACAACGACGACGACGCGCCGACGCUCGUGCUCCUCGAGACGGGCAUGUCGGGUCUCCAGGCGCUCAAAGGCCUUGGCGGCAUGGGCUCGAGCUUGCUCACGACGACCGGCGUCAAGUACAUUUACAUUCGACUGGACGUGCCAAUGCAGCAAGGCAAUGUCUCCAAGUAUGUGCUCAUCACGUGGCAGUCGUGGGACAUUACGAGCCCGAGUGCCCGCUUGCGCAGCGGCAGUGUCGACUCGGACAUCUUCAACGACGACACGUCGUCGGCCAUGAUGGAGCCGACUUCGUCGUCGACGUCGAUCUCGUUUGAAUCCAAAGUCGUCUCGGCGGCCAACGCGCACGCGCACGCGGGCGAGGUCUACCGCUUCUUCCAGCACCACGUUCACUUUUUCGCCAGCAGCAUGUCGGACAUUUCGGAAGAAGCCAUCCGCGAGCGCGUCCGGCGAUCCAUCGACAGCGACCGCAUGCUUCUCCGCGUUGUCUGCGUGCAAGCAUCGGGCGAUGCACAGCCGGCCGUGUGCAUCGAGAUCUCGCGCGAAGCGAUUCUAGCCGACCUGAAAAGCGAGAUCACGCGCGUGAUUGGCAUUCCGGAAGACCGCCAGCGCCUUGUGUGGUUCCACACCAAAGAGGACGUGGAUAAUGUCUUUCACGCCACGUCCCAAGCGACCAUCUUGCAGCUCGACUCGCACCGGCUGCGGAACGAUAUCGGUCUUGAGCACGGCGACAAGAUUCACGUCGACGACCUCAGCAUUGGCGCCGACUCGGUGCUCUUCAAGCUCGUGCAGCAGCUCAACUCGGGCUCGGACGUGGUGAGUCUCUCGGCCGAGCGCCGACACGAAGUCGAGCUCACGGUCGAAGCGCGCGAAGCCGAGCUCAAGCGCACGAUGAGCGCGACGCAAGACCUUUUGGAAGAAAAAUCCAAGCGCGAGCCGCUCGAGCCGGUCGUCGACGGCGAAACAACGCGCAACGACGACGACGACGCCAAGGACCAUGGAAGCACGGCGAUCGUCACCAACGAAGUCGACGACCUCAAGAACCAGAUGCGGGUCUUGGAAGCUCAGAAACAGUACCUCGACAUUCCGUACGAGAGCAUCCGGCUCCUCGAUGGGAAAGAGAACGAACUCGGCAUUGGCAAGUGUGCGACCGUGUACCGAGGCAUGUGGAUGACCAAAAAGUCGAUCGCCGAGGUGGCCAUCAAGGUGUUUCGGUAUGUGCGCUUGACGGACAAGAUCAUGCAAGACUACACGCAAGAAGUUGCGAUGCUCCGGCAGCUCAAACACCCCAACAUUGUGCUCUUCAUUGGCGCCUGCAUCAACCCCAAGCUCAUGAUUUUAACCGAAUAUUGCUCGCGAAAAAGUCUCUACAGCGUGAUCCACAACAAGGCCAUGUUUGCCACGAUUCCGUGGAAGUUUAAAGUGCGCAUGGUGCUCGACGCAGCGCGCGGCAUUGCCUACUUGCACGCGAACCGCAUCAUCCACCGCGAUAUCAAGUCGCACAACUUGCUCGUGGACGACGACUGGCGGGCCAAGGUCGCCGACUUUGGCAUUAGCAAGGUCCUCGACGUGGGCGCCCAGGCCUUUACACACUGCGGCACCAGCGGCUGGGUCGCGCCCGAGGUGCUUUUGGACGAAGACAUUGGGUACACGUUCAAGGCCGACAACUGGAGUUUUGCGAUUGUCAUGUGGGAAAUGAUUGCCGGUGUGCACGAGAAUCCGUUUCUGGGCAUGGCACCUGUCAAGUUUUACCACCAGACCAUCAACAAGGGCUUGCGCCCCGUGAUUGACGACACGGUCGACCCAGCGUAUGCGAGCCUGAUUCGCGAGUGCUGGGACUCGGACCCGCCGUCGCGACCGUCCUUCGCGACGAUCGUGGACCGCCUCGAGACGAUUCUCUCGGACCUUGGUAUGGACACGGGGUUGCCCCCGACGUUUGCCGGCGGCUACCACGCGCACUCGGAGGCUGCGUCGUCAUAGUGUUCCGUUAGUUUUAACCCCGCAAAUAGUACCCCUUUUGUAGCCA